AUGCAAUUUAAAGUACAAAGGAAGGUGCAACACUACAGAAGGUCCGUGGCAUCUAAUGGUAACAAUUUCUUUUUGUACUUAAACAUUUGUCAACUUAAAAUCAGUUUCUACUAUAGGAUGAAGAGACUCCUCAUCUUCGCCAGCCUAUUAAGCAUCACCCUUUGCUUCCCGGUGGGUUCACCUUUACAGAAGAGAGAAAGACGCAGACGUCAGCUGGGUUUUGGUUAUGGAUACGGGCAUGGGCAGGCUUAUCCGUUCUAUGUUCCCUUCUUCCAGCCUGGCCUUAACGAUGAUUUCACUCCUGAAAUUUACAUUGAUCACAGCAGACCUUCCAUUCCCAAGCCAGUGGCUCCCAGGCCUGCCGUGACCUCCCUGCCACGCCGGACAACAUCAAAGGUGCCAAUUACUGGCGAUGACCCCUGCUCUCCACCAAGAGUUGACGAUUUAAACGGCGAUCAUCUGCCGGUUCUCAUUUAUGUUGACCCCAAGGAGUGGAGCUCGAUAAGUGGGAACCAACCCUUUUCACCCGGUCAGUCCAGCGAUCUUCAGCCAGCCUUGGCCAUUGUCCCGGGCCUUUUCCUCCCCGCAUCCGAGGGUAGCCAAGUAACACAAAGUCCCUUUCGAGAUACCCACGGGCUAAAAGCUCCAGACUCGAUAAGGGUCCCUGAAUCUCACAGAAAAGAUUGUUAA